GGAAAAGUUCGUUGUUAGACAUUGUCGUAUAGUAAUGGCGACAAGCUAGGAAUCAAAGAUGGCGGAGGCAAACGGUGAAACUUCGAUGGAGGUGUUAGAGGGUUGUAGAAUGCCGGUAAAAAUGAGUGGUUCUGACGAAUGGCCUUUGGCUGAAAUACUCAGCAAGAAAGAAUUGCCGAGUGGUUCUACUCAUUAUUAUGUGCAUUAUAUCGACUUCAACAAAAGGCUUGAUGAAUGGGUUGAAGAAGAGCGACUGGAUCUGAACAGGCUUCAAAUGCCAAAGAAAGAGGACACUAAGAAAAUUAAUAAAGGAGCUGGUUCAAGGCCUUGUUCACCUGACAGGGAACUGGUGAAUGGUGUGGGGUCUGGACGACCUAAGGCACCAGUGGGGCGUAAAAGAAAAGCUAAUGCCAUGGAUAAGUCUAGUGACGAGAUUGAUUCACAAGAUAGUCCAAAAGACUUACCAAGCACCCCACCUAAGACAGGAAGUAUGCGGCAGACAGGAAGUAUGGUCCAAGAUCGUAGCCAUGAUGAUAUUGUAACAAGAAUGAAAAACAUCAAAAUGGUUCAACUGGGUAAAUUUCGAAUUAAACCUUGGUAUUUCUCACCAUACCCACAAGAACUCACACUGGAAUCUGUUGUUUACCUUUGGGAAUUUUGCCUGAAAUACAUCAAGAGCUUCCACUGUCUAAAAAGACACAAGGAAAAGUGUAAGUUGCGUCACCCUCCAGGAAAUGAAAUUUAUAGAAAAGGAUCAGUAUCUUUCUUUGAAAUUGAUGGAAGAAAGAACAAGAUUUAUGCUCAAAAUUUGUGUCUUCUGGCCAAGAUGUUCUUGGAGCAUAAGACAUUGUACUACGACACUGAUCCUUUCCUGUUUUAUGUGAUGACUGAAUAUGACUCAAUUGGUUUUCACAUAGUGGGAUAUUUUUCUAAGGAGAAAGAAUCAUCAGAGGAUUAUAAUGUGGCCUGCAUCUUAACCCUACCACAGUAUCAGAGAAUGGGCUAUGGCAAGCUCCUUAUAGAAUUCAGUUACGAGCUUUCAAAGUUUGAGGGGAAAACAGGGACUCCAGAGAAACCUCUUUCAGAUUUAGGACUGCUCUCAUACCGCAGUUACUGGUCACAGACCAUUCUGGAAAUUCUUGUUUCACUUAAGGCUGGAGAAGAUGGUACUCCGCCUGCAAUUACUAUCAAUGACAUCUGCGAGAUGACAAGUAUAAGAAAAGAAGACGUUGUCUCUACUCUUCAGCAUCUGGGAAUCAUUCACUAUUACAAAGGACAGUAUAUUCUGAAUCUUUCCAAAGAAAUUCUUGAUGGACAUAGAAGAGCCAUGGUAAAGAGGAAGAUUCGCAUUGAUCCAACCUGUUUACACUGGACUCCUAAAGAUUGGGCAAAGAGAGGCAAAUGGUGAAAAAAGGGGGAUGAUUAAUAACAGAAUGACAGUUGGAGAAGGAAGAAGAUUGAGGAAUAAACUGAGUUUUACUUUUUCCAUGCUUCUGGUAGUUUGCUAAGAUGCAUAUAAGGUCUAGUGAUCACUACAUCUUGGCUGUAGACAGGAUGUUUUUCAUGGGGGUCUUAGACUAUCAGCAUAGUGGCAUCCAAGGGUGCUGCUUUUGCUGCAAUUAUAGACCAUUCCUAUAUCUUGAUAAAAAGGGGCUUUGCCUAUCAAGGUUGUGUUGGAGUAGGCAGCUUAUGUUGGUUAGACGGUGGUACCACUAAGAUUAAGUAGAUCAAUUAAUGUGUUUGGUAAUGGCAAACUGGUUGAUUAGCCUCUGGAGAAGUUGUUUCUUAGUCUUUAUUUGAAUUAGCAGAUGUUUGCUGUGGUUAAAAUUGAUUUUUUUUUAGUUCUUCAGUUGAAAUGUUAUUUGCUGGCUUUAAGGUUUUUCUCCUUUCUCUGAAGAGCUAUAAUGUACUUGGCAUUGUUCAACAUGAAAUUAGACUAGUAGUUGAAAUAGAGUCUGGUUGCAGUAAAAUUAAAGAUGAUGGCGAUUUGUCAAACAUUAGGGCAGUCUGAACCUCCAAAGGAGAGAUUAUAUAUCAUUUCUUUAUAAAUAGGUUUUUUUUUUUAGGGAGAAGCUGUGUGGAGUGCGAUUUGAGUUACAAUAUUUAUUAAUUCUGUACAUACUGCACUGUUGGUAACUGUAUUCACACUCUCUUCCUGCAUGCAAUCCAUUUUUCAUUAUUAUAUAGCUUUGCUUAUUCAAAUUUGAUAACAUCUUCAGUUUGCAGGACAAAUAAAUAUUGAUAUGUAAUUACUAAUCAAAUGUUAAACUUUUCACAGUGCAAAUGAAGAUAAAGUGGAAAGUGAAUUCUGCAGUGAUAGCUAGCAUUCAUUACCUGUUAUUUGUUUUAAUUUUCUAAGAUGCAGCUCUGCUAAUGGGUGAUUUUUGAGUGUUUGUAAUUAAUUAUUUUUGUUCAUAUUAGGAUAUUACAAAUCAUUCUGCACUAACUUAUUACUUUGUUAGGAGGUGCAUGUCCUCACUUGGGGGCAAAUGAAAUUUUAGACAUCUGGAAUUUCGAUAGGCUAUUCAAAGCAUUUACCAAACAUAUCUGUUGUGAAUUAGUAUUCUUUGCUGUACAUAUGCCAUACCUGACAAAUUCAGACAUCAAUCAUGUUCCAAGCAAGUCUAAUUGUAAAUAAUGAAACAAAAGUUUUGGUAACUUAACUUGUUCAGCAUUUACUGUAGAUUUCAUGAAGCAUAAGAUCCAAAUAAAAAAAUUAAUUUAGUUUACCAUUAA